AUGGCUCUCAAAGCACUUGUCGGGCAAAAGAUUAUGAAUGAGGUGAUCCGGUAUCGAUCAAAAGGAAAAGAUAAAAUAGAAUGGCGUGUACUUAUAGUGGAUCAGCUCUCAAUGCGGAUGGUCUCAGCAUGCUGCAAAAUGCAUGAUAUCUCUGCUGAAGGCAUCACUUUGGUGGAAGACAUCCACAAGAAGAGGGAGCCACUGUGCACUAUGGAUGGCAUAUAUUUGAUAACACCAUCUGAGAAGUCCGUACAUGCUCUUAUAAAUGACUUCUCAGUGGGGAACCGUAUAAUGUACCGCGCCGCUCAUGUAUUCUUCACCGAAGCCUGCCCUGAUCCACUUUUUGAUGAAUUAUCACGUAGUCCUGUAGCUAAAUACAUCAAAACAUUAAAGGAAAUCAACAUUGCUUUCAUUCCAUAUGAACAACAGGUAUUCUCCCUAGACUCGCCAGACACAUUCCAGUGCAUGUAUAAUCCUGCUCUUGCCCAAACUCGGAAUGGCAAUAUGGAACGCAUCGCCGAACAAAUUGCCACGCUUUGUGCCACACUUGGAGAAUAUCCAUCUGUGCGAUAUCGCAGUGACUGGGAACGGAAUUUGGAUCUCGCCCAGCUCAUCCAACAAAAACUUGAUGCCUACAAGGCCGAUGAACCAACUAUGGGGGAGGGUCCAGAAAAGGCACGCUCCCAACUCCUCGUCUUAGACCGCGGGUUUGACUGUGUAUCACCACUAUUGCAUGAACUGACUCUGCAAGCUAUGGCAUACGAUCUACUGCCUAUUGAGAACGAUGUGUAUAAGUAUGAUGUUUCCGGAAACGUCAAAGAAGUUCUGUUGGAUGAGAAUGAUGAACUGUGGGUUGAUUUACGUCAUCAACAUAUUGCGGUCGUAUCCACAUCUGUUACAAAGAACUUGAAAAAGUUUACAGAAUCUAAGCGUAUGGGUGGAGGUGACAAGCAGUCUAUGCGUGACUUGUCUCAGAUGAUCAAAAAGAUGCCUCAGUAUCAGAAGGAACUAUCCAAAUACGCCACACAUCUGCGUUUGGCCGAGGAUUGUAUGAAAGCCUAUCAAGGCUAUGUAGACAAGCUCUGCAAGGUUGAGCAGGAUUUGGCCAUGGGAACAGAUGCUGAAGGCGAGAAAAUUAAAGAUCACAUGAGAAGCAUUGUACCAGUGCUUCUAGACCAAACCACCAUUGUACCGCAGACUGUGGUGAACUUCAACAAGAUGCGCAUCAUUGCACUGUACAUCAUGUCCAAGAAUGGCAUUUCAGAGGAAAAUUUGAACAAACUUGUGACGCACGCCCAACUCGAACCAUCAGACAAGCAGACGCUGUUGAACCUUGCCAACCUCGGUCUUAACGUCGUUGUUGAUGGUAAUAGGAAGAAGCAAUACCAAGUUACAAGGAAGGAAAGAAUUACUGAACAAACCUACCAAAUGUCUAGGUGGACUCCAGUCAUCAAGGAUAUUAUGGAAGAUGCCAUCGAAGAUAAACUGGAUCAACGUCAUUAUCCGUUCCUGGCUGGUCGUGCCCAAACUUCAGGAUACCAAGCACCUACUAGUGUACGCUACGGUCACUGGCAUAAGGAUAAGGCCCAGCAAACUAUCAAGAACGUGCCGCGUUUGAUUGUUUUCGUAGUUGGCGGUGUGUGCUUCUCUGAAAUUCGCUGCGCAUACGAGGUUACUGCUGCACUCAAGAAUUGGGAAGUCAUCGUUGGGUCAUCACACAUACUGACACCAGAGAACUUCCUCUCAGACCUGAGCUCUCUAACCGCCUAA